AUGACUGGGUUUAAUGAUGGAGGCAGAUGGAGGAAUGAGAACUGUGAUCAAAGAAAACCCUUCAUCUGUUAUGAUGAUAAAGUUAUCCUGGUAAAGGAAAAUAAAACCUGGAAGGACGCCUUGACCUACUGCAGAGGUCACCACCACCAUGACCUGGUCACCAUCACCAACAUGGAUGAUCAGAAACUGGUUCAGGAGAAAGUCAAGGAGGCAUCGACUCCUUUUAUCUGGUUGGGUCUGCGGUUCCACUGCUUUCGUAACAUCUGGUUCUGGGUCUGUAAGGAGAAGAUCAGCUAUCAGAACUCGACCUCAGCAGGAUGGAUGAAUGACUGUAACAUUUCUGGAGCCAUGCAGGCUGGAGGAGAACAUAGAUGGUUCCAGAGAAACGACACAGAGGAACUGAACUUCAUCUGUUCUAAGGGUCAAUGUUGUUUGAUUGUCUGUCAGCUCUAUCAGUAUCACUAUGUUAAAGAGGAAAAGAACUGGACUGAAGCUCAGCAGUACUGCAGAGAGAAACACACUGACCUGGUCACAGUGACUAACAUGAAGGACAUGAAGAGACUCAUCAACAUCUCAGCUGGAGAUCAGAGGGAAGCUUGGAUUGGUCUGUAUGAUCAAACACAUGGUACCAGAACAUGGUACUGGUCUCAGCCUGGAGUGGAGUUUGAUGAAAGUGAGACAAACUGGAACACAAACGAGCCAAAUGAUUAUGGAGGGAUGCAGAACUGUGGAAUCCUAUGGAAUAACCUGAAGUGGGACGACAAAUCCUGUAACAUACCUUCAAAGUUUCUCUGCUAUAAUGAAAGUAAUUCAUUCCAGAAAUUCCACUUGAUUCAAGAAAAUAAAAAGUGGAUAGAAGCUCAGAGUUACUGCAGAGAGAAACACACAGACCUGAUCAGUGGAACGAAGCAGCUACAGGAUGAAGAAGUGAAGAAUGAAUCCAGUCCUGGUGGAAGAUAUACAGCUGUUUUAAUGGGUCUGUUCAGAGACACCUGGAGGUGGUCAGAUGGAAGCAGUUUCUCUUUCAGACAUGGUCAAUGUGCCUUGACUGUGUUUGAUGAUGGAGGCAGAUGGAAGAAUGAGAACUGUGGUGAAAGAAAACCCUUCAUCUGUUAUGAUGAUAAAGUGAUCCUGAUCAAAGAAAAUAAAACCUGGGAGGACGCCUUGUACUACUGCAGAGAUCAUCAUGAUGACCUGGUCACCAUCACCAACAUGGAUGACCAGAGAUGGAUCCAGGAGAAAGUCAAGGAGGCAUCGACUGAUUAUGUCUGGAUGGGUCUGCGUUAUGCCUGCACUCUGGAUUUCUGGUUCUGGGUCAGUAACGAGGUGGUCAGAUAUAAGAACUGGGCCAAAGGUGAACCGAUGGACGACUGUGACAUGUCUGGAGCCAUGGAGACGGGAGGAGAACAUCAGUGGAGGAAAAAAAAGGAUACUGAGAAGUUUAAUUUCAUCUGUUUUAAGUAAAUCAAGUAGAACAUUUGCUGUGUAUAAAAACGUCUAACCAGUUAUCAUUAGACCUGGGCGUCCAGAUUUUAGCCUCCUGGAUGGUUUUUGACAACCCUGGACAAAAUAUAAGAAACUUGCAUUAUGUCAGUAAAAUAUUGGAAAAAAUUUCACCCUUAUUCAAAAAGAAGCAGGAUGCAUCAUUGCAUCUAAAGCCCUCAAACAAAUUCAUCAACAGGUCAUAUGAAGAAAUGCAUUAGCAGAAUCAUGUGACAUGUCAAAGCUCACCCAAAAAUAUGCGGUUUAGAUGCACAACUGUUCUGUUGAUUUUACCUUUACAUUUAACUGAAAACAUACAAAUUAGUUUAAUACAGUUUCAGCAAACAUGGAGGACUGAACUGCUGACCGUUUAUCUCACUAUGAAAUAUUUAUAAGGCCAUAAACACAAAGCUCUGCAUCUUCAGCUAUCUUACCGUUCCAGACUAGCAUUUUACUUCCAAUAAACGAUUCAGGAAGCAGGGCUGCUCUACAAACUGAUGGAUAUGACUCCCACAUAUUUAUGAAGGCCCAUAAAUAUGUGGAAAACCAAAAUUCUAAUUGAGAAAUUGAAGCUAUAUAUCCUAUCUAUUAAGGUAUUAUUCAUUAUAUAUUAUCUACAUAAGACUCUCAUUAAGGGGAAAUAAUAGGAUGACCUAAUCUGAGGUGGUUUAGUUUAUUCAUUUGAGCAGGAGGGAUUGUCUAAUCCUCAUGGCUAAAAAAUAUUCCCUUAAAAAUGAAAAAAAAAAAAAAAAAAUCCCAAUGAUGUUCUUUUUUCCCCCUUCAAAUACCUGCCAGGCAUAUCGCUGCAUCCUGAAAAUAUUCUUAAAAGUGGUUUCAUUUCACAACAACUAAACAAGUCCUUGGAUUUCGUGACAGAUAAAGAUCUUUAGUAUUUUCAUAUUCAAACACUGACAUCAAUGCUGAACAGAACGCUCACACGACAUCCAGGAUACACACUCUAAAGUCGGACACUCUUUCUGUGCACAAUUUAUUUCUUCACACUUUAGUUUCUACAAAAAACAUUUAAUAGUUGAUUUGGAUACAUUUGUUCUAUUUGUUAGCGUGCACAUUUAGUUAACACAUGUAUUUAUAUCAACUUAAAGUUAAUUUUGUGUUAAGAUUAACUCUUGUUUGUUUUCUUGCUGUUACUUACCUGCCAGACAAAAGACGGGGUUCAGGGCUCAGCAGGCUUAAAUGCUGAUUGGACUGCACCACAAGUUCCUGCUGGCAGGGGGGAUUUGUAGUUUCUUUGUUUAGAAAGAUAUUUUGUAUUUAAGUAAAUAUUUGUAUUUAGAGUUUAAUAUUUUUUUUAUUUUCAUUUUAGGGUGUUUAGUUUAGCCAAACGUAGCUGUACUGUUAUUUGUUAGUAAUUGUAUUCUGUUU